UUUCGCCCGAGGGCCAAUGCCCUGCUCUGCGACGGGCCGAGAGCGCCCAGCGGCCGCUCCGAUUGGCUGCUCCCGCCCGUAGCGUCGGCGAGGUCGCUGUUUGUUGCCUGCGCCGAGCGGUCUCGCUUUUGACACGCAUCUGCGCAAUCGCUCCUCGCGUAAGGAACAGCUGGUUGUCGCCUCGCGACCAAAACGACCAAAACAACGCAGUGUGUCUCGCCGAAGUAAACGGUCCUUGUCAGUGCCCAAAUCGUCUGGAUACGCCGUUUCGCCGAGCUACUACCCAUGGAUUUACACUCGGACGAGUGGCUGAUACACUAGCCCUGGUGGUGCCCCCGCCGCGGUUCUCUGGAGCCCUGGCCGUGGGAAAGUGCGCCGCUAGCAGCAGCAGCGUCGGCCCAAAGCAUCAGUGCAGCACCAACGCGAAGCCCACUGGCAGGCAGGGAAGGCGGCGGUGGGAGAGGCUUGUAGCAGCAGCGGUGCCGUGCAGCUGACUAGAGCAGCAUGGUGAAGACUUUCCAGGCAUACUUGCCGACCUGCCACCGCACCUACAGCUGCAUUCACUGCAGGGCUCACCUGGCCAACCACGACGAGCUCAUCUCCAAGUCAUUCCAAGGAAGCCAAGGAAGGGCUUACCUCUUUAACUCAGUGGUGAAUGUCGGGUGCGGACCGGCAGAGGAGCGCUACUUACUCACAGGUCUCCAUGCGGUGGCCGACAUCUACUGUGAAUGCUGCAAAACCACACUUGGUUGGAAAUAUGAGCAUGCCUUUGAGUCGAGCCAGAAGUACAAGGAGGGCAAAUACAUCAUCGAGCUGGCUCACAUGAUCAAGGAGAAUGGCUGGGAUUGACAACACGCCCCGGUGGAGGAAGAGGACGUGCCGCCGCUACCCUCAUCGUCGUCGGCCCCUUCCUCCCCCGUGGUGGCCCUAUUUCGCAAUGGCCACCCACCGCCACAGUACUUCCCACCAUUCUGAGGGGUGGAGCUGCACAGCCAAAGUGGGAUGGCCUUCAGACAGACCGGCUGUCCCUGACCCUAGGAGAGUCAAGUCUGCCCGGUUGCUAGCGUAGCAGGUCCUGCCUGUUCCCCGACUGGUCGUUCCUUUGUUGUUGUUUUUCUGUCUCUGAAAAGCCGCGUUUCUCCAGCGCACUUCCUUCCAUUUGCACGACCGUUUUCAGUGAAGCUGAGGGGAGACGAGUGUAAAAGAAACAGGAUAGCUUGAUAAACUCGGUGAGGUGCUCGUUCGCAAGUGCCUGUUUCAUUGAGGCCAAAUUGAAUUUCACUUGUUCCGGUGUUCGUUUCUUUAGCGAGGGUUAAGGUGCCAUUACGUUUUUCUGUCAUUGUUCUGGGGCUUGUAACGAAGGUGUACUGGGGGGAAUCACGGUUAAUCAUUAUUGCUCAAAGCCGCAUGCUCAACUUUCUAGACGAAGUCAUCAACGUGGGUAAUUGGGGAGGUCGUAAUGCACGGCAGUUGUUGCUCAUGGUAUUAUUUGAGACUUCACUAUUUAUGAGACCUAAACAAAAUGGCACAAAAACUUAAAUCACAAUUGAUGCAUUCGCAUACCUGACUGGUGACAAGACUGGCACAACACCCUAGGCUUUAAGGCAAAGGCCAAGAAAUAGCAUGUUUUCCAUCUCGCUCUUCUUGAGGUGAAUGUUUUAUUUCUGUCUUUCAGGUUAGUUCGGUGGUAAAAAAUAUAUACAGCACUCUUUGAGGAAAACGUUUUAUGUAGGAAGGAUUUUCUGUACUUCAGGCUAGCUUGGUGGAAAAAAAGAAGUACAGCGCUCUUUAGGGAAGUGUUUUAAUAUAGAACAAUGGUGCUGACCUUCAGAUUAAUUCUUUAAAAGAAAUUCUGCACUUCUUGAGGCAGAUCUUAGUAGAACUAUGUUUUUUGUGCUCAAGACUAACUCGGUGAUGAAAAUAAUUGUUUUGACCUAGGAGCCUAAACAAGGUUCUCCUUUCAAGCCAUUUGAACCAUAGCAUAUAUAGUCUGUUGCUGUGAGGGGUGUUUCCUUAGCUUCACACAUGGUAGGUCAUCAGACAACCGGCUAAAAAUGGAAUUGACUCUUUGUCUGAAAGUGUAGUUGACUUGGAGACUUGUUUUCGAUGUACCCCACUGCAAAGCAGGGGUGGUUACUGUACCAUUCCGGUGUGGCGAUCUGUCGGGGACAGGCAGAAGUUCUGCGAAAACGUUGUGCAGGGCAAGAAACUCCACUUCAAAACGAGUAGUGCUGUGUUUAUGACGUCAAGUUGGCCCUUCUGUCUCGGUGACAAACUCGCCACGAGAGGACUCUGUGGGGGACUGUGUUGUCGUGUGAUCACUACAAGACGUGGUGAACAAGCACGGAAGUUUUUUUUUUCCCCCCCGUCACCCGGUAAUUUGUGGGGUGGUGACACCGUGAUGACGCAGCGAAGCCAGCUGCAAGGACAAAUAUGCCAUUGUAUUGUCAUCUAGGCAUGGUCAGGUACCACGGGACCUAGGGCUUGUUGUUGUCGAAGAUUUUUUUUACUCAAUAUACUUGAGGAUUUUAGAAUGUGUGUGCGUUUGUGUGCAAAGUUUUUGAGAGUGAGGGUUACGAGAGAAAUAGAUAAUGUUAUGCUUGUCUGCGUGUAUGCGUGUGUGCCUGCAAAUAAUUUAAAUCAUUACCUUUGAAUGUAUGAAAAUGCGGUGUGUGUUUGCUUUGAAUGCUGCUGUGAAGUGUGAUGGACUCUGUUUACAUGGGCUGAGUGGGGUUUCAUCUGGGUCACAAGAUGCAUGUGAAGCACGUGUGACAUCUGUCUGCCUGAACGAUCACAAGUGGAGAGUUUGACGUGUUUUUCUUUGAAAGCUUCGCCAGCACUAUUUCGUGUGUUUAUGUGCGUUUCUCUAAAGUUAAUGUUUUCUCUCUCUGCAUCUUCUAGUCUGCCGUUGUUCUUGUUUGUUUGUUUGUUUGUUUGUCUCGACACUUGCUGCGAGUGCUUCUUGCAAUGACAACAAAGUUUUAUCUGUGAUUAUAUUUCUUUAGCACUUUUCCUUCUUUAAUAUGAGCAUGAUUGCAACAUGUGAGAUCAGGCCGCGCGGAAUGUGCGGUCUGUGCACGUGGAACACUGAACAUAGCAUUAGAGGAGUUGAUUUUUGACAAAGUGUGUCUCGUCACACGUUUCGCUUGUCUCAAUUUAUCAGUGACUGGGACUAAUCUUGCCACAGUGUGAAUUCUAGUUUUAUUUUAUCUCUCUGUCUUUUGUUCUACUUAAUUUGCACCACAGGCAUGCUCAUCCAAUUUUAACAGGCAGUUGUUGGCAUCUGCCAUUGGACACAACUGUGCGAGACGAGGCCUCAAUAAGCGCAUUGCUUCACCAGUUUACCGAAAUCAUUAGCAGUUGUAGCGAGGGUAGUUUUAGACAAUCCUUGAGCACUCGCACGUGCAUGCUGUUAUAAUUCCUCCAGUUAAUUGGCUGGCACACAACGUUUAUAAGCUGCAGUGAAAUUUCACUUGUAGGGGCACGCUAUACCAACAGUAUUCAAAGCCUUGUGUUAUUUCAGAACUGCAAGAGAUAUUUCUCCAUUUUGGCCAUCUUGGAUAGUCAGGGUAGAAAUAAAUGAUGUCACAAGAAUUGCUUGUCUAGCUACACACAACUGUAGGAAGCCGGUGACAUUUGGCCUUAUUGUGCUCUGUAUGGUACCUUUGUUUGCAAGGUAGCUUGUACAAGGUUUUUGGGAUUUCCUUGAUGUUGCUUACAGGGCAAGCUGUUAAGAAAGGCGAUGGCUCAAUGGUACUAGUGCAACAAUAGACCCUUUUAGGAAAGCGCUAAGCUAGCUUUUUCACUAUGCACAAUUGCUCUAUGCGACUGGCGCAUAAAUAAAAUGGGGAUUACUGGACAAUUGGUGCACUGUUAUUUUCGUGCAUUAAACAUGACGGGAAAGUGCGCACGAAAACAAACAAUGCACUAUGCAUUGAUGGACAUUUUAGCUAUGCAGUUAAGCUACCCUAUUUUAGGCAUUCUGCAUUGCAAGCCAGCUUGGAACUUAUCUAAAGGGUCAAUUGCUUCAGAAACAUGUCAAUGGGCAACUGCUAGGUCACCAUCAAUGAACUGACUCCUGAGAAUUUUCUUAAUUUAAAUUAAAGCCUUGAACAUCAGAGGAAUGUUUAGAUGGGCCCAACUCCGACGAGGCCUAUUCAAA